UAGUUUGGACGUAUUUGACUCUAUAGACACCCGGCUAACUCUUAUGCUGUUGAUUGAUUAUUGGGACCAAAUUGGGACUGGGAGAAGGGGAGGCAGCCGCAGGUGUCAAUUCUGACUUCUGACAUGUAAAAUCAGUCAGGUGGGCAGCCAGGUGACAGGUGGGCAGUCAGCCCCGCCGGUGCGGCGGCGGCGCGGCGGGCCCGGCCACUGCACUGGUGGCCGGCGCGGCGGUGCACCGCUGCAGUUCUGCCGAGGGCGGGGUCGGUGGCCGGUCCGCGGCCGAGCGGAGGGCUCGGCGCCGGCCGUGACGCGCGCUGCGUAGUGCAUACCUUAGCAGUCGCACGGGGCGCCCCGACGAUGGAAGGGUGAGAGGACACUUAUAGUGCUCAUGGAGCGUGGAAGAUGCUGACAGAACGCCUGACGGACUGGGACACCCUCCUAUACUAGAUUCUGUGAGACGGUCAGGAGUUCUCAGCUGUGCAGGUUCGGGAUGGCGCCGCCGCUCGGGAGCAGGCGUCAUCUGGUCGGCGGCGCCGUGCUGAUAUCGCUCGGCUGUUCCCUGCUCCUGGUGCACAGCCGCUCAGGAGAGCCCGGCUCAUGGCCGGUGCCGUGGACGUACCGGGACCUGCUGCGCGGCCCGCUGGUGCUGGCCGCCGACGAGCCGGCCGUGGUGAGCAUCGUGCGGGCCAUGCUGGACGGGCCCUCCGCAGAGCCGUACCGCCUCAGACGGCCCGGGGCCGCCGACAGCUCGCAGCUGGAGCAGCUCGCCAGCCUGACGCACAUUGUCGGCCGCAAGACAGGAGGCACGUUCGUGGAGGCCGGCGCAUUUGACGGGGAAACGCACAGCACCACACUCUUCUUAGAAAGAUUUAUGGACUGGACCGGCCUGCUGGUGGAGGCAGAGAACUGGAGCUACCGCCAGCUGCUGCUGACGCACAGGAAGGCCCGGACGCUGAACGCCUGCCUGGCGCCCGCCGCCCACCCCCAGCAGCUGGGGUUCGAGGGCAUGCCCGGCUCUCCGCUGUCCUACGUGGAGCCAGGCUCGGCGGAGGCGCAGCUGGACCGGCAGCGGCGGCCGCGCCGCUGCUUCCCGCUCUACUCGGUGCUGCUGGCGGCCGGCCUCACCACCGUGGACCUGCUCGCGCUGGACGUGGAGGGCAUCGAGUACCUGGUGCUCCACUCACUGCCCUGGCACCUGGUCGACAUCAAGGUCGUGAUGGUGGACUACGUGAAACCAGACUUUCAGUUUGAAAAUGGAUCCUAUGAUCCCAUAUUGGAAGAACCCAUACGCAAACUUAUGGCGGAUAAUUCAUAUCACCUUGUCCACAGACUAGAUACUGAUCUUAUAUUUGUUAAAAGCGGCAGUGAAUAUGACACAACUGUCCAUACCUGACGUUUCGUGUGCAUUUCGUAUGCUUGUGAAAUGCGAUGUUCUAUCAUGUAUGACGAAUAAAUAUUGCGACGCAGUCUUAA